UAGAAAAAUAAAAGUAGCGGUUCUACUGCGGUGUUUCCCGCCUAUUUCAAGUUUAACGUCAGAGUCAGUUGUUCCUCACUUGUUGCUGACGAUAUAUUGAGAGAGUAAAGAACAGUAAUAGUUUUAAUUUAAUGAGUGUGUUAUCAAAAUCAAGAUACAUUUCAAGUUUAUAAGUUUGUCUAGAUUAAAUAGCAUUUAUUUUGUUUUCCGUCGAGAAUUGUAAAAUACUAAAAUGGUUGGUAAAAUGAAUAAAUUGUACGUUUUAAAGAGAGGCGGAAGAAUGGAGGAGGUGCAUAUAGACAAGAUAACAUCAAGAAUUAAAAAACUAUGUUAUGGAUUAAAUAUGGAUUUUGUUGAUCCGGUGUGUAUAACACUAAAAGUUAUCAAUGGAAUGUACUCGGGAGUGACAACUGUGGAACUGGAUAAUCUUGCUGCAGAGACAGCUGCUACAAUGACUACCGAUCAUCCAGAUUAUGCUGUUCUUGCAGCCAGGCUUGCAAUAUCAAACUUACAUAAAGAAACAAAAAAACACUUUUCAGAUGUUAUGAAAGAUUUGUUUGACAUUGUUAAUCCACACACUAAGAAGAGGGCACCAAUGAUAUCUGAAUUUCAUUAUAAUAUAGUUAUGAACCAUAAAGAAAGAUUAGAUUCUGCUAUUGUGUAUGACAGAGACUUCAAAUAUAAUUAUUUUGGGUUUAAAACUUUAGAGCGCUCAUAUUUAUUGAAAAUAAACAAUAAGGUUGCUGAACGACCUCAACAUAUGCUGAUGCGAGUGUCAAUUGGAAUUCAUGGUGAAGAUAUUGAUGCAGCCAUAAAUACAUACAACUUACUUUCUGAGAAAUAUUUCACUCAUGCCAGCCCAACCUUAUUCUCAGCUGCAACUCCACGCCCCCAACUAUCAUCAUGUUUUCUAGUGGCAAUGAAAGAUGACAGCAUUGAAGGAAUUUACGAUACCUUAAAGCAGUGUGCUUUGAUAUCUAAAUCUGCAGGUGGAAUUGGUGUCCAUGUCCACUGUAUAAGGGCUAAAGGUACUUAUAUAGCAGGAACAAAUGGUGUAUCAAAUGGUCUUGUACCAAUGUUACGAGUUUACAAUAAUACAGCUAGAUAUGUUGAUCAAGGAGGUAAUAAGCGCCCUGGAGCUUUUGCAGUCUAUUUGGAACCGUGGCAUGCCGAUAUAUUUGAAUUCUUAGAUUUAAAGAAAAACACUGGAAAAGAAGAAGUACGUGCCAGGGAACUUUUUUAUGCAUUGUGGAUACCUGAUCUUUUCAUGAAAAGAGUUGAAAAUGAUGGCGUAUGGACCCUUAUGUGUCCUCAUGAUUGCCCAGGGUUAGCUGACUGUUGGGGAAAAGAAUUUGAAUCCUUAUAUGAAACAUAUGAAAAAGAAAAUAGAUUUGUAAAACAAGUAAGGGCACAAGUUCUUUGGAAAGCAAUAAUAGAAGCUCAAGUAGAGACUGGUACUCCAUACAUGUUAUUUAAAGAUUCAUGUAAUAGAAAAAGUAAUCAGAAAAAUUUAGGUACCAUAAAAUGUAGUAACCUGUGCACUGAAAUAGUUGAAUAUACAUCUGAUGAUGAAGUGGCAGUAUGCAACUUAGCCUCUAUAGCGCUAAAUAUGUUUGUUGAUGAUAACAAAACAUAUAACUUUACGAAAUUAAAAGAAGUUACUAAAACUAUAACAGAAAAUUUGAAUAAAAUCAUUGAUGUAAAUUAUUACCCUGUUCCGGAAGCAAAAAAAUCUAAUCUUAGACAUAGACCUAUUGGAAUAGGUGUUCAAGGUCUUGCUGAUGCUUUUAUUUUAAUGCGUUUACCUUACGAAAGUCCAGAAGCUAUUAAAUUAAAUCAACAAAUAUUUGAAACUAUUUACUAUGGAGCACUAGAGGCAAGUUGUGAACUAGCAGAAAAGUAUGGAGUGUAUGAAACAUACGAAGGAUGCCCUGCAAGUCGAGGCAUAUUACAGUACGAAAUGUGGAAUAAAAAUCCAACAGAUUUAUGGGACUGGACUGCUUUAAAAGAAAACAUUGCCAAGCAUGGUCUUCGUAAUUCUCUUUUGGUAGCCCCAAUGCCCACUGCCUCAACAGCUCAGAUUUUAGGAAAUAAUGAAUCUUUUGAGCCCUUCACUUCUAAUAUUUAUCAAAGACGUGUUUUAUCUGGAGAAUUUCAAGUUGUAAAUCAUCAUUUACUUCGUGAUUUGACAGAAGCAGAUUUAUGGGAUGAGGAAAUGAAAAAUCUCAUUAUACACAAUAAUGGAUCUAUACAAAAUAUCGAAAGUAUACCUACAGAAAUAAGGGACUUAUAUAAGACAGUUUGGGAAAUUUCAGUCAAAACAACAAUACAAAUGGCUGCUGAUCGUGGAGCUUUUAUUGAUCAAAGUCAAUCUUUUAAUAUACACGUUGCUGAACCGAACUACGGAAAAUUAACUUCUAUUCAUUUCUAUUCAUGGAAAAUGGGUUUAAAAACAGGGAUGUAUUAUUUGCGAACAAAACCGGCAGCCAAUGCCAUACAAUUUACUGUGGAUAAAUCCAAAGUUAAAACUAAAAUGAAUAAUAGUAAAUCUGAAAUAGAUGAGGCAAACAUGGCAGCAAUAACUUGUUCGUUACGGAAUAAAGAUGAAUGUUUAAGUUGUGGAUCGUAAAUUAUAGAGGUUUCAAAAUAAACA